GUUUCCAAGGUCAGCCGUACAAAUUUUUAGCAAUGGUUACCAAGGUUUACGUUGUUUACUAUUCUACGUAUGGACAUGUUGAGAAGCUUGCUAAAGAGAUAGAAAAAGGGGCUGCUUCCGUGGAGGGAGUAGAAGCAAAACUAUGGCAGGUGCCUGAAACACUGUCGGAAGAAGUUCUUGGGAAGAUAGGAGCACCACCAAAAGGUGACGCUCCUACUAUUAAACCUCGUGAGCUGGCUGAGGCAGAUGGUUUGUUGUUUGGUUUUCCCACAACAUUUGGAGCUAUGGCUGCUCAAUUUAAAACAUUUUUGGAUGCCACUGUAAGCCUAUGGCGCAGGCAGGCACUAUCAGGAAAGCCUGCUGGCUUCUUCUACAGCACUAGUUCUCAAGGAGGUGGACAAGAAACUACUCCGUUGACAUCUAUUACUCAGCUUGUUCACCAUGGAAUGAUUUUUGUGCCCAUUGGAUACUCAUUUGGCGAAGGGAUGUUUGAGAUGGAGAAGCUGAAAGGAGGUUCCCCAUACGGUGCAGGAACUUAUGCUGGAGAUGAUGGCUCAAGGCAGCCAAGUGAGUUAGAAUUGGCUCAAGCUUUUCAUCAAGGAAAAUACUUUGCAGCCAUUGCAAAGAAGCUUAAAGGAUCUCUUUGAUUUUAAUUUAUCAUAAUAUAUACGCUGUGUGUCACCAUGUUAUGUGUUCAGUUCUGUCAAACAAAUAAGAUGUUGUAGUAGCAAAAAUAAAAUAAAAGUAGGUGUGAGAGUAAGAUGAAAAAUAAUUGUUUUCACUAUGUAUCUGUGAUGCAGUGUUUAAAAGUUGAUGUUUUUAA